AUGCCUGAAAGUGUCACUACAAGUAAUCAAUACGGAUACGAAAAUCAACAACAAAGAGCAACGGUUCCCUUCCAGCAUUUUCCUGCGGUCACACAAGUCACUAAUAGCUUAAACCAAAUGCCACAAGUAACUACUUAUUCAUUCGUUCCAACACCAUUAAUUGGACAAGUAUCACAACCUGCGACCGGAGUAAAGCCCAAAAGACAACAAGUAAAAAAUGCAUGUGUAAAUUGUCAAAAAGCGUGCAAGAAAUGUGAUGAUGGACGACCAUGCCAAAGAUGUAUUAAAUAUGAACUUACGGAUACAUGCAAAGAUUCUAUUAGAAAGGAGAGGAAAAAGGGUAUCAAAAGGGGUCCUUAUAAGCGUAAGCAACCAACAGAAGGAGGAUCGACUAGUACUAACACAGCUUCUUUGACUCCUGAUGCUGUUCCUUCAACCGCUCCGGUGAUGCCUCCUGUCAUUCCUAACGGUGGCGUUUCCAUGCCUUUCAAUCACCCCAUACCUGUUAAUUUACCAUUGGCAGCACUGCAAUUCCAUUCUGCAGGAGCUCCUAUAAAUGUUGCUACUCCAGAAGGUUUAGGGCAAUUUAUAAUGAUUCCCGCAACUAACGGAGCCACACCUUAUUAUCUUCUUGUUCCAUCGUCUCACUACCCACAACAAUCAUCUGCAGCAAAUCAGAAACAGGAAACGUCUAUCACUACCAAUCAGCCACAACAAUCUUCUGUUACCAGUGAUCAAAAGCAAGUAUCUUUUUCUUCAUCAGAAUCACAUUUAUUACAAAUUUGGCAAUCAGUAACCCAAAGUAAAAAUAGUUCAAAGGAAAUAGCUGAGGAAUCUAAGGCAAACGAACAAACGGAAAAGAAAGUAUCUAUUGCUUCUAAAUCAGCUAAUGAAAAGGAUGAAGAGGAGGGUCCUAAAGAUGGACAAGGGUCAAAUUUAUCGGUACUUUCUCUUGUAUGUAGUGAAAUGCUGGAUAAAUCUCAUGAUCCAUCUAAACAAAAAGGAAAAAAAUCAACGGAAAGGCAAUCAACGAUCAAUAAUGAACCAUCGAAGGAUAAAUCGUCACCGAAGGGUUCAAAUGGUAGUGCAACACCAAAUAUUGAAAAGGUUCAUUGUGGUGUAGUAAAUGGAAAUAAUGAAGUUUGUAGUCCAGAACAAGCUUUAGAGACAAAGGAAUCGUCGAGUACUCCAAACGUUAAAGAAAAUAAAAUCACUCGUGGAGAAAAUAAUUUAAACCGACAAGAAUCAAAAAAAGGAAACUUUGUUUCAUUGGCUGAACAGUCGUCAGCUGCAACACCUAUGCAAACUGACGUAGUAGAAUCACAGCCCCCGACAUUUGCAAUUCCUCCGGCUUGUAGUCCGCUAGUUUUUUCAAUUCCGGCAAAUUCUUAUUCGGUUGCACCAACUCAAGUUGUUCCAAUUAAACGUGAGAUGACAUUUAGUAGUGUUAGCGCUUCAACAGAUUUUAAACGCGCUAGACAUUCAUUAAUUAACGAUGCGACGCAAGGACAAUUUCAACUGGAACAGCCUUCAUUUCCUCAACAACAAGUACCUAUUACGCAACAAUACUAUGUUUCCGGAGUUCAAAAUGGACCAAAUUAUCUUCAGCCAUCUCCAAAUCAACAACCCAGAAAUCCGAUCGAAUCAUACGAAGGUCAAGGAACACUUUUUGCAGGAGCAAGAUUUAUAGAUCCAAGAUUACCAUCCCCAACAUCUUUCUCAUACGUUUAUAAUCCCACUAUGAGUAACAAUCAUGUCCUCCAAUCUGAAGUCGAUGGUAAAUCUUUUGGUUCACAAUCACAAGAUCUCGAUUUUUCUAAUACUUCUUCCUCUGGACCGGCGAAAGCAUCAGAAUCUAGCAUACAUAACAAGCAAGCUUUUUCGAACUUCGGGGGGAAUUGA